UCCUAUCUUCAAAUCAUCUGCCCACCUUGGCCUCCCAAAGUGUUGGGAUUACAGGCAUGAGCCACUGCGCCCAGCCCAGAGGAGUUCUCUAGAAAUACUUCUGCCAGAAAUAAUAAGAAACUUGAUUGGCAACAGAGUUGUGUCCAAGGCUGAGCAAUGAGCUGCCGACGGGGGCCUGGUCCUGGGAAGAUGGGCCACUGGGCAUCUUCUGGCUUGGCCAGUGCUCAGCUCUGCUGUCUGAGCAUACCACAGGGCCUGGACAGUGGUUUUUAAACCACCCAUUUCUCUUUCCAGAUUUUCUGCUCACCCAAUUAACUUCGGGGUCAGAGAAGGAUGAAGAGAGACUGAAGAUAUCAAUUUCUACAAUUAAUAAGGACUCUGGGUGAUCAAACACAUGACAGAAUUCAUGGAGAAAGGUUAGAACCGGAAUAAAAAUGUUCCAAAUUGUUUCUUCAGUCAUUUCUAGAGAUUCAGAGAGACAAUGCCAGAGAGAUGCAGGCUAGGAAGCAAUCAUGGAAUGCUAUCUGCAAACUCAGCAAUGUCCAGUGAGAAACAGAGCAGCAGUACAAAUACAGAUGGUUUAAAACCUGGUGCGAAAUGGCCACCAGGGUAAAACAAGGGCCAUGAAAGCUGGAAUCACCAAUACAGGAAAUUAGUCCCUCCCAGUCUCCCUGUUAAUUCAUGAAUUCAGAUUGAUAUUAUAGAUAUUACAGAUCUGAUUGAGAUCCUCUCAUUUUUAUGAGGUAGAAUAAGUGGGAAAUACCCUCUAUUACUUUCUCUGCAAAGAAAGAAAAAAUGGAUUAACUCUGUGCUCCACUGGGACCCAGGUCUGAUCCCAGAGAGUCAUCCAGAGAGUACCAGGGACCAUCUUCAGAAAACAAGAGGCAUUUGAUCCCCACAUUUAUUGAAUGAAAGCACUGUUGUUUUUCUUGUCUGAAUAUAUAAAAGUAAACACUCAAGCAGAUGGGAAACAGGACAGGAUAGUAAUGUCUUUAUCAUCAUUAACAGCUUGGAUCAAGAAGAGGCAUUAAGCAUACAGACUCACUCUGUGAUGAAAGCCAGGAGAAAGAGGAGCAUCAAAGGGAUCUUGAGGGCGAAGGCAGCCCUUCCCCUCCCAAUCACAUGCCCACCUCCUCUCACUGCAGCUUCUGUCUCAGGCCUUCUCCCAACAGAGCUAUAAAUCCAGGCUCACUCCUCAGUCUCCACACAUCCACUCCUGCUCUCCCUCCUCCAGGUGACCCCAGCCAUGAGGACCCUUGCCAUCCUUGCUGCCAUUCUCCUGGUGGCACUGCAGGCCCAGGCUGAGUCACUCCAGGAAACAGCUGAUGACGCUGCAACCCAGGAGCAGCCUGGGGAAGACGACCAGGACCUUGCUGUCUCCUUUGAAGAAAAUGGACUCUCUACUCUUAGAGCCUCAGGUUCUCAGGCGAGAAGCACCUGCUAUUGCCGAAACGGCAAAUGUUUUCUGCGUGAAUCCUUCGCCGGAUGGUGCAACAUCGGUGGCCACAUCCUCAGACUCUGCUGUCGCUGAGCUUCCUAGAUAGAAACCAAAGCAUGCAAGAUUCAAUCCAAGGUCCUGAAGAAAGAAAAACAUUUCACCCUGUAUACCUUGUGUCUUUCUAAAUUUUUCUCUCCAAAAUAAAGUUCAAGCAUUAAAUUUAGUGUCUUUGAUUUUUUAAAUUUUCUUUUAUUUUCCUUUUUUUCCCUUUUGCUUUUUUAUAUGGUGGAUUGUACGGUUCCUUUCUAUAGAGAAUUCUGAUCUACAUUAAGUUAACUGGUCUUUGCAUUCCAAUGAUUCCAACGAUGCACAAUUUGAGCAUCAUAGAGCAAUAACAAAAUAGCGAAAAUGAAUAUAAUUCGGUUUGUUGUCGUUGUUGUUUCAGACAG